UUUCAGAACAAUAUUAUAGUAUUACUUUCCACCUAUUGUUUCUUUAAAUUUAUGUCCUCAUCAAAAUUUAUCUUUUCUUUUUCUUCAUUUAACAAAAUUUUCCUAAAUUCUUUUUCAACUCUACAAUUUCAUUACCCAUCACCUAAAUUUAUCAACUUUGAAUGAUAAUUUUUCUGAGUAUUAUUUUUCAAUGACUAUCUAUGAUUCUUUUGCUUCUUGGAUCAACAGCUUCCUCACUUGCAUAAGUAGCUGUUUGGGACGCUGCACAAAACCAAAGCGCGUACCUUCAGUAGAGGAUAAUAAGGGACUACAUUGCCAGGAACAGAUGGUCGAGAAACAAAGCCUAUCAGAUGACUUUUGGGGCACAAGCACAGGAGACUUGGACAACCCAUUUGGUCUAUCACAACGAAGCAUUUCUUCGCUAAGUACAUCAAACGUCAGUUUUCACUCUGAUUUAGGAUCUGCCAGCUUCAACUCGCAUAACGACUUCGUUAACCAUGGCCUUCUUCUGUGGACUCAACUACGGCUUCAAUGGAUUGGAGCUACAAAAUCAAAUGACGCUCAUGAAGCCCCAGGACCAGCAAUCAGCUUGCUCGGCUCAAGGGAGAGAUUCCGGCGUCCCAUACCUUUAUCAGAAAUGGUAGAGUUCCUGGUUGACAUGUGGGAGCAGGAAGGAUUGUAUGACUGAAGACAUUAAAGUGUAGAUAGCAUUUUCAUUUGUGAGCACAAAGAAAUCGUGUGUAUAUAUAUAUAUAUAUAU